AGCAGGUGUAGAGAGGUCAGCCAGGAGGGAAGGAGAGAGAACUGUUGGUUAUCAGGCAUCUGGUAGGUGCCAGCCUGGAUCAUGUGCCUGGUAGAUACACCUCUGAAGAAGGUCACGUGGCCCUACUUCACUCCUGAGGGACAGGAGUCAUUGGCUCAACCACACCCACUAAGACUCUAGGACAGGACUGAGUGCCCUUCAGCCCUACCCCCACUUUCCGAGGUUUGGGGUGCAGAAAGGCAUUCUGGCCGUCCGGGGACUGUGUAAAGGGCUGUGCCCUGAUUUGGUAAUCAGGGCCCCGGAGUGGAUCUUCGGUGCACUAACUUGGUUCCUUCUGCCCCUCUGUGACUCGGUCACAUGAUCAGAGGGUGGCUCUGGCUGCAGGCCCUCCCUCCUCUCUGUACCACACCCAAGCUGCCUGUUUGCUCCCGUCCGCAUCCUGCACACCCAAACAGGAAAAUUGUGAGUGAGAGUGUGUGCGAGGUACCCCCGGCAGGUGGAAGCAUUGACUUGCCAAGGCUCCCUGGAAAAAGGGCAAGUCAGUUCAGAUGUUUUUCUGUCCCACGUAACUCAGCUCCCAUCUCCUCAUCACGUCUCCCCCCCGAAGCACGCAUUUCAGUCCCAGAAGCCAAGACCCGGGCUCCACCCUAGCCACAGCACAUAAAGAGGAAUGGAAAUUAAUCAUCACGUCUUGCCAAGUAAACAGCUCAAGCGUUUAACGUCUGAGUGUGGGUAGAAGUCCACGGGACAUAUGGCAGUUACUCAGCCCCCUGUCAGCCAUGGCCUCUGAGUUACAGACAUAUUUAAAGCAGGUCUUGCAGUGCUCUGGGCCCACCUGGGUCACAGAUUGUUUCUCAGAACCCUUUCUCAUACUAGUAGCUAAGGUUUGCUGAGUGCAUGACAGGCAGAAGGGUGUUGCCCUUCUGUGUGAUCCAGUGAAGGAGGAACAGAUACAGUCCCCAUGUCACCAAGGAAAAGAGGAAGAAAGGGUCUCGUCGGAAGUCCUAGGCCAUUGGGUGGCAAAGCCUUGGAAGCAGGCAUAUCCCCUGAGUUCAUCCAACCCCUCCACCUACGGCUUUGCUCAUUUCAUAAUCCUGACCCAGCACAGCCUGCCCACAGUAGGGCUGCAUCAGCGACCUUUGGAAUCACAUGUUGUUGUCCUUUGGUCACAGUUGUAUCCUCGUUUGGGAAUCACCGGCUCUAAUUUUGUUCUUCCACAAGUGUGUUAGUCUCUUUAGCCCAAAAUUUCUCUGCCUUAACACCGUUUUGUUUCUGUUUUGCAUUAGUUUUGGAGACUGUCUGGGCCAUGGUAGGUUUUCAUCAACAUCCCUAUCUCUGGCCUUUUACCCAUGAGAUUCCAGAAGCACCCCCACCAAGAAUGACAACCAAAAGUAUGUCCACAGGCAUUCACUGGAGCGCUGGGGUGGAAGGACAGACAGCCCCCAGGUUGAGAACCAUUGUCUUAGCUUAAAGUGCAGAAGUUCUAUGGUGGCAGGGUUACAUUGCAGCGGAAUAAAUUACAGCCCUGCACGUCUGAGUUUGUGGGGUCCUUGAAAAGUAAGAGACAACCUUGUCAGUGGGCAAGAGGGUUCCAGACCAGUGGAGGAACAGGACUAAGGUCAUGAGACAGCCCAGAAACCAGCCAAAGAGCCCCCAGUACCCGCUGUGUGUAAUAAGUCUUUCUCUGUCCUGCCAGCCAGCUCCCAAAUAAUGACACAGAGACUUAUUAUUUAUGAAAGCUUGGCCUUUGGCUUAGGAUUGUCUCAAUUAACCCAGUUAUAUUAAUCUAUGUUCUGCCAUGUGGUAUUACCUCUCUUCCAUCUUGCACCUCCUGUUUCCUCCCUGUGUCUGGCUGGUGACUCUGCCUUUUUUCUUCCCAGAGUCCUCUCUGUCCCCGGAAGUCCUGCCUAACCUCUUCCUGCCUAGCUAUUGGCCAUUCAGCUCUUUAUUAAACCAAUCAGAAAGCGCCUUAGCAAAGACACAUCUUCACAGUGUAAACAAAUAGUCUGCAACAGCUGUGGUUGGACCUGUGGACAGGUUUAGGCAUCGCCAUAGAGGUCCAGGAGUGGGCUGCUGCCUGGGAUGGGGUGGCUGCGGUGUGUGGGGCCAGCUGUGGUGCCGCUCUGUGUUUGAGGUUGGUUCUUUUAGGGGAGCCCAGCUGUCCUGGAGGAGGAGCCUCGGCUGAGAAUGGGGUGGGGCCAGACCAAGCAGUGUCUACUGGCCCCACAAAACACCCACCUCAGCAGAGUCUACCCCUGCCCAGCCAAGGACUUGAUAUUAUUCCUGAGACUGAUCUUGUCCACUGCGCACAGUGGGUGUCAUUCACUUGAUCCCUACAGUUUCUUAUUCCGAGCCUCCAGAAGCCGAGGCCUCUUUCUGGCUAAGUCUGAGACCCGUGCCCAGUUAGUUACUCAUGUGUCUGAGUGACAUUCACUUUUUCCAGGGGCCUUGCCCUCUUUAUUUGGCAGCUAAUCCCUCCCAGUGACUCCUGAUCUUUGUGCUAUGGUGAUAUUGCUCCUAACUAACUGAGCUAAAUUAGAAAGCCCUAACCUAAAAAGGCCCUGAGAACAGGAUGGGGGCCAGGAAGCUGGGGCCCUUCACUUCCCAGCCUCAGCCACUAGAGGGCAGGCGUGGAUUCCAGUUGGAGCCUGGCCUCAGGCAGUUUUGUGGCAGCUGGGCCUCCCGGAGGAGGCACCUUUCUGAACCCUGGAGGAGGGCACUGAUGGCCAGCUGGACCCAGAAUUCUGCCUGUAGAGGAGGCUCAGGAAGGAGCUUGGGUCUGCACAGAGCAGCUUCGGGGGUGAGGCAGCAGAGGACGGUGAGGUGGGCAAGGAACAUCGUGAAAGGCAUGAGGGAGCUCCGGGAGAUUCUGAGGACUGUGGAGACCAAAGCGACGCAGAACUUCAAAGUGGUGGCGGCCAAGCACCUGGCAGGGGUUCUGCUGCAUUCCCUGAGUGAGGAAUGCUACUGGAGUCCUUUGUCCUACCCUCUGCCUGAGUUCAUGAGCAAGGAGGAGAAUUCCUUCAUCACCCAGAGCCUCCGGAAACCUCACCUCUAUGAGGGAGACAACCUCUACUGCCCGAAGGACAACAUAGAGGAGGCGCUCUUACUGCUGCUCAUCAGUGAGUCCAUGGCAACUCGGGACGUGGUACUGAGUCGGUCACCCGAGCAGGAGAAGGACCGGAAAGUGAGCCUGCAGAAUGCAUCAGCCAUCUAUGACCUCCUGAGCAUCACGCUGGGCAGGCGCGGCCAGUACGUCAUGCUUUCUGAGUGCCUAGAGCGAGCCAUGAAGUAUGCAUUUGGAGAAUUUCACCUCUGGUACCAAGUGGCCCUCUCCAUGGUAGCCUGUGGGAAGUCGGCCUACGCCGUGUCCCUGCUGCGUGAGUGCAUGAAGUUGCAGCCCUCGGAUCCCACGGUGCCCCUGAUGGCUGCCAAGGUCUGCAUCGGGUCCCUGCACUGGCUGGAAGAGGCGGAACACUUUGCCAUGGUGGUGAUCAGCCUUGGAGAGGAAGCAGGAGAGUUCCUGCCUAAAGCCUACCUGGCCCUGGGUCUCACCUACAGCCUGCAGGCCACUGAUGCCACCCUGAAGUCCAAGCAAGAUGAGUUGCACCGCAAGGCCCUGCAGACACUUGAGCGAGCCCAGGCACUGGCACCCGAUGACCCCCAGAUUAUCUUCUAUGUUGCCCUGCAGCUUGCCCUCGUCCGACAGAUCUCCAGCGCCAUGGAGCAUCUUCAGGAGGCCUUGACGGUGUGCAGAGAUGAUGCCAACGCCCUCCACUUGCUAGUACUGCUCUUCUCUGCCCAGAAGCAUUACCAGCAUGCCCUGGAUGUCAUCAACAUGGCCAUCACCGAGUACCCUGAGAAUUUCAACCUGAUGUUCACCAAGGUGAAGCUGGAGCAGGUGCUCAAAGGCCCAGAAGAAGCCCUCGUGACCUGCAGGCAAAUGCUGAGGCUGUGGCAGACCCUCUACAACUUCUCUCAGCUGGGAGGCCUGGAGAGGGAUGGCAGCUUUGAAGGCCUCACGGUGAAGAAACAGAAUGGCAUUCACCUGACUCUGCCGGAUGCCCAUGACGCAGAUUCCGGCUCUCGGCGGGCAUCAUCUAUCGCAGCCUCGAGGCUGGAGGAGGCCAUGUCGGAGCUGACCAUAACAACCUCAGUCCUGAAGCAGGGCCCCAUGCAGCUGUGGACCACACUGGAACAGAUCUGGCUCCAGGCUGCUGAGCUGUUCAUGGAGCAGAGACACCUCAAGGAAGCAGGUUUCUGCAUCCAGGAGGCUGCGGGCCUCUUCCCCACCUCUCACUCGGUGCUCUACAUGCGAGGCCGGCUGGCUGAGGUGAAGGGCAACUUGGAAGAGGCUAAGCAGCUGUACAAGGAAGCGCUCACCGUGAACCCGGACGGCGUGUGCAUCAUGCACAGCCUGGGUCUGAUGCUGAGUCAAUUGGGCCACAAGAGCCUGGCCCAGAAGGUGCUGCGGGAUGCUGUGGAGAGGCAGAGUACCUGCCAUGAAGCGUGGCAGAGCCUGGGUGAGGUGCUGCAGGACCAAGGCCAGAAUGAGGCUGCCGUCGACUGCUUUCUCACUGCCCUGGAGCUGGAGGCCAGCAGCCCUGUGCUCCCCUUCUCCAUCAUCCCCAGAGAGCUAUGAGCCUCCGCCGCCGCAGCUGCGGGCUGUCCCGUGCACGCUGCAGACACAAGCAGGGGCCAGGGAAGGACCCCUGCACUCAGGUGCGGGGCCUCAGGGAAUAGAUGACUAGUGAACAUUUCCACAGGCUGUGAAGCCAGUUCUGCACCCCACCCCCUGCAGGGCCAACUAGGCCUGAGAUCCCCUCUGAAGCUGGGUGGGCGAGAUUUGCAUCCAAAGCAAAUGCCUUGCUCCCUGGAGGCUGGCAUUGUGAUGUUGCUGGGCAGGGGGGCCCCUUUAGAUAAAAAGGUGUGUUUGGACCCAAGCUCCACCCUCAGCUUCCCCCCCCCCCCAUUUCCUGGUUUGGGAUGAACCAAUCUUGAGUUGGUGUACCCGUAGAAAUGAACCUGCCAGCUAGCUGCCCUCUGGCUGGGCCAGGCUUUUCCUGGCCUUUCUUGGUGCCUUGGGAGACAAACUGGCUUCAAUCUAAGUGACUCUACAGAGCUGUGGCAGGCUCGAGAACCUCCCAGUCUCAGGGCAGGGCAACCUUGAAGACUGUUCUUGGGCCCUGCCCAGGACAGCCACAGCGUGAGGUCUCAGACACAGGUUCCUAUAGACUGAAUUAGCACUGUUGAUGCCCGCUGUUGCCUCCGUGGGGAGAGGUUUCCAGAGAGCUUUCUCUGUGCCAUUAAGUGCCUUUGGGGCUCAUGACAGGCCAGGCCUCCUAAACACAGUCCCUAUGUCUUCCAUUUUUACCCACUCCCGUCUCCCUGGAAACAUGCCCCAGCCAGUAGGCUCCAUGGACCUCUAGGAUGGGCCUUGGGAUAUAAAACGGUUCUGGCCUAGCCAUUUCUAGUACCUUGAGUACACAUUCCUUCAAGGCUUUCCCUACAGUGCAGGUCCCACUCGGGUGAGUGAGAUCCAAGUGACGAUUUCUAGGACUCACCCCAAUACUCAUCAUCACCCACAGCCUGGUCUUCACCUUGGGCUUUGUCGAGUGACCCAAAGCCCCAGCUUGGCCCUGUAGGCUCCCUUGCCCAGAUCGCCACAGAAGCCGUGUUUGGAUGGGUGGAGGAGGAACCUGGCCUGCUCCCCCUGCUGUGCCCUGUGUUUUGCUUGCCAGGGUCCAGGCCGCUGGGCAGAUGCUCCUGGCUGGCUUGUCAACCUGCUACUCUGCUUCUGGAAUGUUCCCUUAGGAGACCAUCCCCCAAGGCCUGGCAGAGAGUUCCUUUCUGUCUGCCCCACACUCUCGUAUCUCCCUCAGGUUCACCUUGCUCUCAUUUUAAAAUGUUUAGGAAGGGGUUGAGAGCUGCCCGGUUUACCAUGGCUGGCCACAGCUUCCUUGGAUGGAGAAGACCACUGGAGCCUGGCUCCAUGCUAUACUGCCUUAGCCACAGCCCCGGGCCAGAGGGAGGACAUUCAAUCCUUGGUUUCUUGGUUGAAGGGUCUCUGUGUGUGUGUAUAUAUAUAAAUAUAGAUAGAUAUAUAUGCUAGAGAUCUAUAUUUUUAUGGAAUUCUGUUAGAAAGAGUGAAACAUAAGCAGAUACUAUUGGUAUAUCUUGAAGAGAUGGUCAGUCUUGGCAGUGGGAGAGACACCAAAUGCAUUCUGACUAAGAGUUCCCUCUCUGGAGGCCAUGGGGGACAGGGCCCAGUACCUGACAGUGACCUUGGAAAUUGAAUAAAAGACCCUUGACGGGGAAACAGGA